AUGACUGGUGUUCGAGAAGCUUGGAAAGGUUACAAAACAAGAAUCAAGGGAAAGCAUUUUGAGAUAUAUAACAACAUUGAAGAUAUGCUGAAAAAUCGCCCUUUAGAUAUUCCAGAAGUUCAAUUUCGAAAGUUAAUUGCAUAUUGGAGUAUUCCUUCUGUUAAGGCUCUAUCUCAUUUAAAUUCUGAAAAUCGUAAAAAGCAACAACAUCAACAUCGAAUGGGACCUAUAAGUUUUGCAAGAGUGCGUAAUGAAAUGCGUGAAAUGAAUGAGAACAAAGAAGACCCAUCACAGGUUGAUGUGUUUGUUGCAACUCGAACUGGACGAAAAGGAAAAGAGCUCGAUUCAGGAACACAAGCUGUUAUUGAUAAACUUAAGAGCCACCAAGAAGCUGGAGACACUCCCGAGAAAGUAUUUACUGCAGUAUUUGGCAAAGAACAACCAGAAAGAGUUCAAUGUUAUGGGAGGACAAUCACAAAAAUAUCUCUGCAGAAAGAAAGGGAGAUUGCUAAAAUUAAGCAACAACAUGCAGAGACUAUAAGUUCAAUGAAAACUGAACUUCAUGAGACAAAAGAUAGAGUCCAAAGUUUGGAGGAUCUUGUGAAGCUUCUCUUGCAACAGAGUUCUCUUGGCACAAAUAUUGAUGAAGCACUGUCUUUAUUACGAGCCAAGGAAUCAACACAUGAUAUAAAUAGUAAGCAAUGUUCGAAUGGCAACGAUCGUCCUUCCUCAUCAACUCGUGAUACAAAGUGAUGACCAGCUGACACAGGUUAAGAAUUAUUGCCUUAAUAGGGAAGUUUGAUGUUACUCGCACAUAGUUAUUAGGGGAGUAUAACAAUGGCUACUGCAGCAGUUAUUGGACUCAGUGGAGGCAAGAGGAUUUUGAGUUCAUCAUACCAUUACUCUGAUGUUACCAAAAAGCUUUCAUUUGGCAUUGAUUUUGGAUCCACACACUAUCAGAUUGUUCCAACA